GGUAACUGUGUGGAUCAUCCUAUAAAUUACAACUUUUCACGACAGAUGAUUUUUUAGAACAUAGCCUAUCCUUCGAAAAGUUGACUGCUUUCACCGCUAGCGAGGCGAAAGUUUUCCCCGGCCUCUUAUCCAAUUUUCAAUAGAAGUUAUUGUACUUGUCGCCUCGUCGCCACCACAUUCGGCGGUGCAACAAGAAAACAUUGGAUAUGAAAGAAACUGUAAUCGUAUUAAAAAAAUUCCGCAAAGAGAUGUGAUUGACAAAACCAUGAAAAGAAUUCAAUCCUUCUAUAAGUCAAGAAAGAAUUCACAAUUUGAAAGGAUUUUACGAAUCCGUUAUAGAUGAAAAGUUUGCGUAGGCCAUAUUUCUAUUGAUAAAUGGCAACAUAUUUUUGCUUUGGUCCUUAGAGGGUUAAGUAUUGAAAUAUCUGACUAUAUUUUUAUCUGCUGCACAAGGAGAUGUUUCGAAAGAAAGAACAGCCAGAACUAGCACAAACAUAUAUUCUUAAUGGCAGAUAUGUGAAAGUUGAGCCAAGCAAGAGAGGUGGUUAUGUUGAGUACAGUCGUGAUCAAGGCUAUAUUCAAGGCAUACAGUCAGCUUUGCCAGUUCGAGGCAUAUCCGAAAGUGACAUCUCGGAGUCGUAUCUAACUGACCGCGAUGAGCAGGAAAUAAACCAGAAAAAACUUGAUGCAGAUAAAUUAAACAAAUCAAGUCGUAGAAAAAUUCCAUUUCUUCAGAAGAAAAAGAAACCACCAUCACAGAGCUCCACUACUGAACAAAGAAAUUUAGGCGAUAUUGUUGGUACCGAUGUGGAUGGUGAUGACGACGAUGAUGAUAUAAGCGAUAUUACUACUUAUGACGAAGGAAUUCCUGUUGUUUACGAAGGGCUGAAAAAGAACGGUCUGCAUCACUUAGGUGUAAAUCAGCCUGUAAAGAGACUGGACUUAGAUCAACAGUACGCAGAAGAAGCGCAGAUUUUCGAGCGAAUGAACUAUAUUAUUGAUAAUUAUCGGCAGCCUCCUGCGUAUCCUGGUAGUCCAAACAUCGACAGUUCAGAGAAAUCUAUGAUUCAACAGCUACUUCAGGAAAAAGCAAGUAAACAGAUAAAGGACAAUGCUAGUAUGAUAAAUUACUGUCAGGUUGAUGCCCCAAAAGAGUUGUCAAUGGAGGACCUAACUAAAAUCCUGCAAGCAUCUCAUGAAGGAGCUCUAGACAGACCUGUCGGUUCCAAGCUUUCUGAUAAUAUAACUGAUGGCUCUCCUGCAACGUCGUACAAGGUUCCUACAACAGGCUCUGUCAACUCAGCUGUUCCUGAACCAGUUAAUAUUCGAAAAGUAGACCAGCUUGUGAUGCGAACUUUACGUAGCCCGCGCACACCCGAGGGAGUACGUACAAACCCUGGUUCAAGCGGCAGUGCAGGAGCAGGAUCUCCUGAUCCCUUGCAAGUGUUUGAAUUUCGAAACGCGAGACCAACCGCAAAAAUUGUUAGUGAGAUCUACCCAAGAGACUAUGAUCCAGAUUACGACGAUUCAGCAGAUGAAUUGGAACGAGGCCAAGAAAUUAAUACCGACAAAAUAGAUGAAAUUUUGCCUGGAAAAGAGGCCGACCUUACAUCAACUUUAAAUGCUUCCUGUAGAGUAGAAGAAAAAUCGACUGUUAGACAAAACUAUGUUGUUGAUGUAAUGCCAAGUUAUCGAGGUAUUGAAAGGCCGGAAGACAUGGCAGUGAAACCAUAUGUAAUGCCACCAGAUUACGACGCGCAUCCUGAAAGAGACUAUGAUCUUGGUGAAGGGGAUGGUUAUGAUCUCCAUGCAGAGAACUUCAACACACAGAUUCAAAGUGAAAGUUCCUUAAUGCAUUUCCGAGAACAGUCAGAAACCUUUGUACCCCCGAGUCCUUAUAUGUAUGCAGAAAUACCAGAAUGGCUUCAGGUAUACGCCAAGGCAUCUCCUAAGCUUGAUGAAUACCUAAAAUGGGACAUGUUUCGUCUUCCUGAGCUUGACUGUUGGCAAACCAUGCUAAAGCGUCUAUAUAUGAAAGAACUAGAGCAAGUUGUCUUCUGGUUUGAAGAGUAUCGCCAAGCCAUGCAGCAAGAAAUGGAGAAGAGAGAAAAGGAAAUGGGCAUCUUGAGAGUGAAGAUGCCAGUUUUAGACAACAGAAUGAAGAAGACUGAUGUUUGAUUUCUCAAAGGUGUAUUUUUUAUACAAACCAUUGUUUUGCAACGUUCGUUGAGAAUUGGUUCAGGCUGACUGGGCCGACAAAUUGGGGCUGUGGGGGGUGGUAGAUAAUCAACGACCUGCAACUUUAUAGAGGUCUUGGCUAUUUGUUAUGCAUGAAUUUUCACGCGAUUUUGGCAAACGUGAGCAAUGCUAAAUGCUUUUGUUAUCACUGAAAAAUUGAUAUCAAGAAAAGCGAAUUCUUGAUAAAGAAAAGAAAUAAACAGAAAAGGAGAGCAAAAAGCUGUCGUAUUCUACAGAUGGAAUAUGCGAGAACUGGGAUAUAGACUUGCAAGCAAGAUAUAUCAGUGUUUAAAAUAGUAGUAGUUGCAUUGGGGUGAUUGGCGCCUCCUUUUCUCUAGAACCCCCUUUCUUUCCGAUGAUUUAGACCUCUAACCCCAGGUCAACACGGCGUAUAGAAUGGGUAUUUAUUUUUUAGAUGAGAGUAUAUCAUAGGCAUUCGAUGUCGAUUUCAUAUGAAUUUUAGCUCGCAAGGUUGUAAUUAGAGUAUUUUGACCUUCUUUUCGUAGCACGAGUUAAUUUUCGUGGAUUUCCUAAACAUUCUCUUUCUAGUAAUAAACAAGGCAAAUUUCAUUAUUUUAUCCAGUAAAAGCAAGCGAAAGUAACUUACUGACAUAAUGGCUUGCUGGGGUGCAUUCUUUUGAUCGGCACAUGAAAAAUUCUAUCACCAGAUACCAACUCUAGAUAUGCGCUGAUUACGUUUUUAGUUAGUGAGUUCAAUUUUUGGCAUAUUCAUAUUGUAUUGCAAUACCGGGGUUUAGCUAAACAACAAAGCUAAAAGAAGAGGCGAAUAAAGAUAAUUCACAUUACUUAAACGGUAGAAAACGGAGCUGGAGUUUUCGAAGGGUUAGAAAUGUAUUCUACUACUCGUUCCCAAAGUUGAUUUCCAUUCAGUAUCAGUCUCCAGUGCUUUCCUUCUCAUAUUCCUUCUAGCAUUAACGUAUCCCCCUUUCUAUUUGAAUUUAAGCCUCUACUUAAAGAGACUAUUUAUAUUACUGUGUUUCACCUAAAAAUUUUAUAUUUGGAGCAUAUUUUAUUUUUGUAUUGUGUUCCUGAAUUUACAUAAUCAGUAUUUUAGUGUAAAUAUCUUAAUUUUUUAGUUUCUAAUCUAUAAUCAAAGAAGAAUGAUGUAUAAGCUAGUUUAAGUUGAAUAUUGAUUUUCUAGCCAAUUAUAAUCCCUAAAUGUAAUAAAAUUGCAAAGACAUAUGCUGCAUUCAAUUUGUGUUGCACUCAGUAUUUCUUGUUUAUAAAG